GUCAGGGCUUGCUUAAGAGCAGAGAAAUAGGAAAGCGCAAGAAGGGGGAGAGUAAAACAGGUUAAAUACAAGAAGAGAUGAACAUUCUUGGAUGAUCACUCAGGUCCCACACACCUUUGGAGGGGCACGGUAUAAAGUGUAGGUGGCAAAUUUUGGUAGAAAGGAAAUAGCUGAAGAGAAAGACAUUUCCAGUUCAUUAACCAAAGAAUUGCAGGUGGCAAUGGUAUGGAUUCUGUAACAAAGAAAACGAGGCAAGAUGGAUCAGAAGUUACUGAAAGACUUAUUACAGAGACUGUAACCACAAGACUGACUUCCUUACCACCCAAAGGAGGGAGCAGCAGUGGGCUCAAGACAUCCCACACUGGAGGGAGCGGAGUGGAAAAGAGGUCCUACACCCAUGGCGGCAGCUGUGUGACUUCAAGUGGAAGCGGUAGAAUGAAUUCUUCAUCAUCAUCCUCUGGCUACAGACAAACCCAGUCUCCCAGCUCUACUCUCACCAAAUCACCUGGCUCAACAUUUGAAAGAAAAACCUAUGUCACCCGCCAUGCAGCAUAUGAAGGGAGCUCCAGUGCUAACUCUUCUCCUGAGUUCCCCAGAAAAGAGCUUGCAUCUGCCUCCACACGAGGGCGAAGCCAAAGUCGAGAGAGUGAAAUACGAGUCCGACUGCAGAGCGCGUCACCCUCUGGCAGGUGGACGGAGCUGGAUGAUGUGAAACGUUUACUGAAAGGAAGUCGAUCAGCAAGCUGCAGCCCUACUCGAUCACCGUCAAGUACUCUCCCGAUACCAAAAAAAGCUGUGGUGGAGACAAAGAUGGUUACUGAGAGCUCUCAGUCAGUGUCAGGCACAUAUGAUACAACCAUACUGAAUACUGCUCUCCCUUCAUACAUGUGGUCCUCUACUCUGCCUGCCGGCUCUUCCCUUGGUGGAUACAACAGCAUGGCCCAGAGCUCUUCUUUAAUCAAUGCUAUGUCUCACUCUACAGGAUCAGUCUUUGGCGUUCCAAAUAACCUGGCUCCCAGCAAUCCCACUCUGAACACGGGCCUGAGCACUUCCUCAACAGUGUUUGGUGUUCAAAACAACCUGUCUCCAAGCUCUGCAACUGUGAUCCAAAAUGCCACUGCAGCCUCUGCAGCAUAUGGGCUGAAGAACACUUCCCAGAGCAACACCAUGGCUAGUACUGGCGUGUCUGCCUCAGCAGGGGGAACUGUUUUGAGCUCCCAGGGAGAUGACAUCCUGCGCAAAGACUGCAAGUUCCUGCUGCUGGAGAAGGAGAAUGUCCCAGCUAAGAAGGAGAUGGAGCUCUUGAUCAUGACAAAGGACAGUGGCAAAGUCUUUAGUGCUUCUACCACUGGGCUCAAUGGAGGAUCCUUUGUAGAAGACACCUUGAAGAGAGAGAAGCAGGGAUUUUCCUCCUCUUAUGGUGCAGAAGCUGGCCUAAAAUCAGAAGCAAAUGGUGGAAUAAAAUCUGUGCCAACAAGGGACAAAGCAACUUAUGCAGAAAUACGAGGUGGUGAUGCAGGGGGUGCAAUAGGAUCAGCACCGUCCUGGUGCCCCUGUGGUUCCUGCUGUAGCUGGUGGAAGUGGCUCCUGGGUUUGCUUCUGGCUUGGCUGCUUCUCCUUGGAUUGCUCUUUGGACUCAUUGCUCUGGCGGAAGAAGUGAGACAGCUGAAAUCUCGUGUGAAUGACCUGGAAAAAAUCAAUCACAGUUACCUGACAGUUAACCCAGGAAUUGCAAAUAUAGACAAGGAAGUUUCAAAAGCAGAAUUUGUUCGUGGCGUGGCACCUUCCUCAACCUUAUCUUAUGGAGAUGAAGAGUCAGUUUGGCUGAUGGUGAAGAGCAGACUGAACAAGGAAAUAGAACGAGGCUACUUCCGAGGGGAGAGAGGAGAACCUGGUCUGAAAGGUGACAUGGGAGUGCAGGGGCCCAAAGGAGAGCGAGGGCUUCCUGGAGUCCCAGGCAUUCCUGGUCCAAUGGGGCACCAAGGACCAGAAGGACCAAAAGGACAGAAAGGCAGCAUGGGUGAUCCUGGCAUGGAGGGUCCCAUGGGACAGAGAGGUCGAGAAGGGCUACCAGGGCCUCGAGGAGAGCCUGGACCACCUGGACUUGGAGAAAAAGGAGACAGAGGUGUUGUUGGUGAGCCAGGUCCUCCGGGGCCACCUGGUCCCUCUGGUGCUGCUGGCCUUAAAGGUCUAAUGGGUUCUCCAGGCCCACAGGGUCCACCAGGUCCUCCUGGCCUACAAGGAUUUAGAGGAGAAGCAGGUCUUCCGGGUGCUAAAGGUGAGAAAGGAGCUGCUGGAGCCCCUGGACCAAAAGGUGACCAGGGUGAGAAAGGUUCUCGUGGAAUGACAGGUGAACAAGGCUUAAGAGGAAUGCCUGGUGUUCCAGGAGAGCCAGGGGCUAAAGGAUCAGUAGGACCAGCUGGCCGUGAUGGACAGCCAGGUGAACGAGGUGAACCAGGUCUUAUGGGAAUGCCAGGAGCCCGAGGCCCACCAGGACCCACUGGAGAUGCAGGACAGCCAGGUCUCACAGGACCCCAGGGACCCCCAGGACUUCCAGGCAACCCAGGCCGACCAGGGGCUAAAGGAGAACCUGGAGCUCCAGGCAAAGUUAUAAGUGCUGAGGGUUCAUCAACUAUUGCUCUACCAGGCCCACCAGGUCCCCCAGGCCCAGCUGGUCCCACUGGACCCCCAGGUGUUCCAGGUCCUGCUGGGCCAGCUGGUCUCCCUGGACAGCAAGGUCCACGGGGUGAGAAGGGAUCUGCGGGUGAAGCUGUGAUAGAAACCAUCAAAACAGAAGUCUCAUCAUUAACAUCUCAGAUGCUGGCAGAUUUACAAGGGCGAGCAGGACCGCCAGGUCCCCCUGGACCACCAGGUGAAUCUGUGCAAGGACCCCCUGGACCUCGUGGCCCCCCAGGAGAAGGAUUGCCAGGACCUCCAGGCCCGCCAGGGAGACCAGGAUCUUUCACAUCAAGCUCAGAAACAUUCUUCACAGGACCACCAGGUCCACCAGGCCCACCAGGCCCAAAGGGAGACCAAGGCGAACGAGGCCCACGAGGAUUCACGGGUGAACCCGGUGAGCCUGGCCUCCCAGGAAUCUCCUCACAUGGUGGCAGCAUGACCUUGCAGGGACCUCCAGGAGUUCCAGGUCCACCAGGCCCACCAGGACCCAAAGGUGAUGCAGGUGUCCCAGGAGCUCCUGGCAUCCCAGGAGCAUCGCGAGGUGGAUCCAGACAAAUUCAGGGACCCCCAGGACCUCCCGGGCCACCUGGUCCUCCUGGCCCAGGUGGAAGCUCAUCUCAAGAGAUUCAGCAGUAUGUCACUGACUUUCUGAAGAGUGACAACGUACGGCAUUAUUUGACUGGUCCUCAAGGCCCACCAGGCCCACCUGGCCCGCCUGGAGUCAUCACUAUGGCAGAUGGAAACAGCUUGGACUACGCGGAGCUGGCUACCCGUGUCAUGAGCUACAUGACAAGCUCUUCAGGUCGUUAUCAUUCAUUUGACAGUUCGAUAUCAACUACAUCUGCUUUGUACCAAGAACUUCUGGACAUGCUGCAGCGAGAAGAAAUUCGACAGUAUUUAAUUGGACCUCAGGGCCCACCAGGGCCUCCUGGACCAGGGGGAGAUGGCAUGUCUCUGUCAUUGGAUUAUGAUGAAUUGACCAGACGGGUUAUCAGCUACUUGACAAGUUCUGGGAUGAACAUUGGGCUCCCUGGGCCACCAGGGCCUCCAGGGACACCCGGCAUAUCUUACAGUGACCUGACAGCAUACCUGCGAAACUCUGAAUUCAGUGGCUUUGUUGGGCCCCCUGGGCCUGCAGGGCCCCAGGGACCCCCAGGGAUCCCCGGAUCGCCUGGCACCUCCCUGGAAGACCUCUCUGCUUACCUACAAAGUGUGGGAUACUCCUCCCUCUCCGGAGUCCAGGGCCCACCUGGCCCUCCUGGCCCUCCAGGACCACCAGGCUUCUCGGGAACCGGCCUCCUGUCCUAUGCUGACAUCACCCACAGCGACGAGUUCAGGAGCGAGCUGAUCCAGUACCUGAAGAGUGAUGAAGUUCGAAGCUACAUCUCGGGGCCCCCUGGGCCCCCUGGGCCACGGGGACCACCAGGACCAAAAGGAGAUAGUGGUUUGGUGGCAGGGUCCAUGUCUGCAUCACACCGAGAGUCACUGGCUUCUGAGCAGUCACGUGGAGGAUCCCUUGAUGCUGGGGGAUCCCAUGGGGGAUCCCUGGGCACAGGCAGCUCAUACAGCAGCUCCAUGAGCAGCAUGUCAUCUUACAGCGCCUCCUCCACCGGCGGUGAGGGCUCAUACGGUGCCUCCAUGGGCAAUGAGGGCUCGUAUGGUGCCUCCAUGGGCAGUGAUGGGCCUUUCGAUGGGUUGCUGGCAGCAGAAGAGGCACACAGGAGAUCAGUCAGUUCACGCAGAGUCUACAGUGACUCCUUUACCGGACCCCUGGAUUACAACGAGCUGGCGCUCCGCGUGUCGGAGAGCCUACAGAGCCGAGGUAUCCUUCAAGACCUGAUGUCUUACAAUGCACAGGGACCUCCAGGCCCCCCCGGCCCUCCUGGUCCUCCUGGAAUCAGCAGAGUCUUUGCAUCCUAUGGCAAUGUCACUCAGGACCUCAUGGACUUCUUCAGAACACAUGGAACCAUCCAGGGGCCACCUGGUGAGAAAGGGGAGAGAGGUUAUCCCGGUCCCAAAGGUGACCCUGGGCCGAUGGGCCCUCCAGGACGCCAGGGGCACGGGGACCAAAGGGAGAGAAAGGAGAGAAAGGUGAGCAAAUGUAUGUUGGCAGAAGAAAAAGAAGAAGUGUCGGGGUCUAAGGACAGAGCCAGCUCAGUGCUGCACUGCACAGCAUUCCUGACAGCCCAUACAGCGUUAGCCUGAAUUUUCAUCAUCUUACUGCUAAAAACCUCCUUGUCCAUCAGCUAACUACUUAGCCUUGGUAGUUCAGUGUCACUGCUGAGAUUUGAAUGGCUCUUACUUGUGUCCAGCAUGGCCCUAAUGUGGGUAUCUGCUCCUGUUGCUAGUAUUUGGCUUAGUGUUUCUGAGUUCCCAGGUUUGUACAUCUUUGGGCUGACAAGGGCUUUCUGUCUCACCCAGUCCAGGUUUCUUGUAUUAUUCCCAGCUGUGUAAAACCUGCUUUUAACCAACCAGUUAAGUAUUUCCCCCCUUGUCCCCCCAAGAAAAUCAAACAGCAGGUGAAUGUUCAGCAAUCAGAUGCUGAGCAUGGCCCCAGAGGCCCCAAUAAGGAGCCCUGGGACUAAGCUUUCAUGCCACACAGGGACUCCAUAUGGAAGCGAUUUUCUCUCCGCUAGCUUUCCUGCCCUCCUUUCCCUGGCCGCUGGGGCCUCAGCCUCUGCUGUGCCAGCUGCAUGCAGGAGGGCUUGUGAAGGCCAGCGCUGGUGGCACGGAGCAGGUCUACGGCUCGGGGGUCCCCGGUGGGGGGGGGGGGACUUGCUGCACUGAGGUACUCCCAAGCACUGACUCACCCAUCAGGCCCCAAGCCCAGCCUGGCCCUGCACCAGGUGACACAGGGAAAAGUCCUGGGCCUGGCUGGGCUCUGCCUUCCCCAUCUGGCUGCCUGGCAGUGCUGAUUUCUGCCCCAGAAGUCACCACCCUAGCGAUUCCAGAUCAGCACCUGUUGUCACCCCGGUUGGUGACUUGCUUUGCACAGUGGUUCCCUUCCAGCUCUUCAGUUCUGCAGUGCUCUCACGCUGCCACAUGUGUUAACCCAGCUCCCGAGCCCAUCUCACCUUGGCUCCUUUGACAAACUCCUGUUACGAUGCGCUCAGACAGCACAUGUGGGAACAGCAAGGGCAAGUACUUUCUGGGGCCAGGGUCACCGCAUGCUUUGCAGUUCCUGGUGCUAGCAGCACAGUGAGACAUGCCAUGCACAGAGACAGAACUGAAGCACUUUUGUUAAACGUAAUUUGUUGACUUUUUAAAAUAUUUUUGUAUUUUCUAGUUUUUAAACAUUAGAGGAAAAAUAGCUUUAAUGUAAACAUCCCAAUUAAAGUGUGUUUUUCACCCAAA